CCGACAACCGGCACUUCCGCGUUUCCGUUUAGCAGAACAGCGUCAUGACGCUGGUGUUGCGUAGUGCCGGCUGCUCCCUCGGGCUCGUGGCUGUGAAAGGCCACGGUACAAGUAGAUAAUGCAACGUGCAGGACGCAGCUAGGACACUAACGUGGCUGCUUUCAUAUUGGGAUUUUAGGGUUAAACUGAAUAAGUUUCACACGGUUCCAGUUUUUGGAGACGAGGGUUAAAACUAAUGACUCUUUGCAUUGUCAGUUAAUCUGGGAAUUAAUUGUUUAGUUUGUUUAAAAAGUAAAAAGGGGGCAACACCAUUUUCUGUCCCAGCAACAGUCUAAAGCCCGGACAUGUUCAGUUUACAGUGAUUCAAAACAGAAAAGCAGCAAAUGCUCAUGUUGCAGACGCUGGAACAAGCUGGAGCUUGACGUGUAGGAUUAUUUAUCAGAACAGUUUGAAGUUUGAAGUCUCUCAUCAUUUAAAGUUUUGUCGUCAACGAUGUUUUCUUCCCUCUUUCUUCCCCGGUCAAGCCCGUAGCGUGUGUUUCUGUGGAUCUGGGUGGAGAGCCGCUGCGUGCAGUUGCCCUCUCAGAGAUGAAUGACGUUGAAGUGAAUUGAAAAUGCACCAUAAGAACAUAUCUAGACUAAAGUCUGUAGGGCGUUGCAGGAAGGUUGUGACACGCAGCCCCUUUCAAAGACGAGGCCGGAGGACUGAUUAGUGGUGCAGGACCCGGGCUAGCUGACGGUGACAUGCGGCGAACCUGGGGGGUCCCAGCGUAGUUGCCUGCUUAGCCCCCUUAGCCCGCUUGGUAAUCCUGCCUUCCUUUUGAAUUUUAACAUUCCCAGUUAUAUUCAAGGCCAGAUGGGUGAUACACAGCAAACGUUCAUAUAAGAUCGCCGCCCUAUUCAUUGGCUAGUAGGGCCCGAGCCCCAAGUCAAAAUGACAACUUGGUUGAUGUCCGGGGAUCUUCCUCAUUAUACUCACUUGUUGAGGGAGCUUAGUGAAUGCGGGCGUAGCAUGAUUUAACCUACGGUGAGCAUGUGCAGGUUGAAUGAUAGAGGCCGAAGAAUCGAACCCCAGAGGUCAUCAGUGGCAUCUAUGGCAAUGGCCACGGAACCAGCUGAGAACUGCGCCACACUAUGCCUCAGAUCUCUUGUGUGGUCAUUGGAUUCAACCCAUUAUUAUUAGACAUUAUGCACCUGUGCAACAAGCGUCGGCAGCAGCAGCCUCUAGCUGGCUGAUUCAGACUUACCUUGACAUUGUUGAUGCUCUGGCUAACAGGUAGCAGUUGUUGAGCUUGCUAGCUUAAGACGCAAGGGGCAUGUGAUUGGCUUGUCAUGAAAAGUGAUGCUGUGAAAUGUUUCAUCAAGUAAAAAGUGGCUUGAAAGAAGAGUACCGUUAUGAAAAUAAAAUGCACUUUUGAAAAGGGGCAUUUGGAAAUAACAAUGAAGUAAGUAAGUAAGCAAGUGUCCGCUUUGCUCUGCUUUAAUCCAGCCUUGAAUGGGUCAGCACUGGUGCUGAGAUCAGUCAGUACAUGUGAAUUGUGGUAGGAAAAUCAGCCUUGGUUCUGUUUCUCCCGUUCUUUCCGUCUGUCUCUGAAAAAGGCACACACACGCUUCACAAGCUGUUAAGAAUCUUUAUAUAAUAUUUAACUCAAUGAAACAGACGAAUGGAGGGACUCCAAGACACCCUGGUGGUAUUAACAGGAAAUGAGAGGGAGCUGGGACAGAGACCAAAACAUGAUGAAAACAUCAGAUGAACUGCCACACUUCAGUGGAUGAGAGGAAACAUUUGGUGAUUGCAGAGGAUUAGAGGAUUACUGACACACAGCUGACUGCACUGAGAGUCUCCAUCAGCAUCAGCAUCGUCGUCAUCCACACCGCUGUCGUCGUUUGUCUCUCUCUGUCCAUCAUCUCCCUGACUAUCUUUGUCGAGCUGUCAUGCAGUGAAGUCAGAGGACAUGUAGAAGUUGAUGACCCAGAAUGGAGAUGUCUGGAUUCCUCGUCAGCAGGAUAGUUUCGCCUACACUGACUGCGAGGCUCGGCGAAGACAACAGCAGAAUAAAACUAUCAAGCUUCAUUCAGCUUUCCACACUUGAACUACUCCACUGAACGAGUUGCCCUCGGAGAAAAAUGUGUCUCCUUUUCCCAGUCCUUCUCUUCCUUCUUUUUGCUUUUUAUUUACCCCCAUUCCUUUUUCCAUCAGCCGAGUGUUCGCGGUUGUGUCCGCUUCAGUGCGUCUGUUAUGAGCAUGGUGACCUGGUGGACUGUCGCGCCCGUGGGUUUGAGCAUGUUCCCAGGGGCCUCCCACAUGGCAUGUGGCUGCUGGAGCUGGGGGGAAACAAUCUGAGUGAGAUUGGUACCCGAGCGUUCACCGGACUGUGGUCCCUGCGGGUGCUGGUGAUGACCAACAGCCAGAUACAAGAAAUACAACCACAGGCAUUUUUCUCUUUGUCCUUCCUGGAGAAGCUGGAUCUCAGUUGGAACCAGUUAACAUCUCUACCUGCCGACUUCUCAGCCAGUCUGUUUACCCUCAGAGAGCUUCGACUGGAGCACAACAACUUACAUUAUAUAUCUGGUUACAGGUACCUGACCGGCCGCCCUCAAAGUGCAACGGAAGUCCAUCUCUCUUCCACCAUCAUGCUCCAUCUUCCUAUCAGCCUCCUCCUCCUCAUUGUCAAUGCUGAUAAAAGAUGUGAGCCCAGACACCCUCCAAAGAGCUCAUGGCCAUACAAUAGCUUGGAGUUUCUGGACAACAUGGAGAAGCUGGACCUCAGUUAUAACCAGCUGGUAUCGGUAGGCCCCGGUGUGUUCAGGGGCCUCUCCAGGCUCAGAAAGCUCUACCUGCAUAACAAUCGACUGACUGUGGUGCAGCAGGGGAGCAUGGAUAUGUUGCCUGGACUGCAGGUGCUCCAGUUGAGUAAGAACAACAUCUCUAAGAUAGACAGUGAAGCUCUGGCUCCUCUCUACAGCUUGACAGUUCUCGCUCUGGAGGGAAACAACCUGCAUCACCUCAAGUUUAAAACCUUCAUCAGCCUGCAUACAACAGCUACACACAUCCAGCUGUCAGGCAACCCAUGGAGCUGUGACUGCGAGCUGCAUCGUGUCUUCAGUAAGAUCUUGCAUGUUCGCCACCUCCACAUCGACGACUACAGGAAUGUGACAUGCAAGGACCCACCGCAGCUGAGCGGGGCUUCGCUGGCCUGGGUGGACAGCCAGCUCUGCGUCGCAGAGACCGUCACCGUACUCGUCAUCACUGUCACUGUGCUGGUCACCGUGGUGGCGGCUUUGGUGAUGGCUGAGAGGAACAGGAAGAGGAACCGUGGAAAGAACUGGGACACUGAGUCACAGACUCAAACUCAGAGCCCACCGUCCUGAGGAGCUGUAUGACGAACAGAGAGAGGAGGAGGAGGCGUAACACUGUGGACACCCUGUGAGACUUCUCCAGCGACAAGGACGCAUGCAGCAUGUAGUUCAAGAUGGCUGCCACGAUGUACAAAUUCCCUUUUUCCUUUGAGACUCACACAGGCAAUAUAGAGUACUGUAUGUCUGGGAAGACUUCAAGGACACUGUGUAGUUUGAGUUUUUGGUCAUGUUUUCACAUUUUGCAAACCGUUGAAGCCCCGAUAUGUAGAGGUUUCUAAAAAGGUUUUUCUUUGUAGAAAUAUGGAACAACUCCAAGUAAAUUAGUCCAGUCUAUGUGUUGUUGUUCUCUGUUUUGAUACUGCCACUAAUAGGAGUCGCUAAAGUCAGAAAUGUUCAAAUCUUAUACAUAGGGGCUUUAAUAUAAAUUAAAGUGUAUUUUGAUUUGCAUACGGCAUGUACUUUAUUACUAUCUAUAAAGUAGUUUAGCCAACCCUCUCAGGCCUAUCCAGUGCUUUCAAACAGCACAGAAAGCAACUUGAGGCUUCUAAUUCAGUCAAUAGAGACGAUCCAUCAAUGUGGAUGAAAAGGACCAAUCAGAAUGCAAACGCUAAAAUGGACCAGAAAUGAAAGCUAAACAGAGUUUUCAGUUGUAAAGUCUCAGCUUUAAUAAGUACAAGCUCUGGUUGUGCUGCUACGUACGAGGGUUGGGUGAUAAUUUAAAGGGGUAUUUCAGUGAUUCAGUAUCCAUAGGGUUGAGAGUGGUUAGGAGAGACAGAUUUACAAAACCAAUGGUUAAAAUUGAAGCAACAGAUGACGAGGCCUAGUCCACACGUACGUGGGUAUUUAUUAAAAUGGGGAUUUUUCUUUUUAGUUCUCU